AUGUUAGAAUAUGAGACAGAAAACAAAAUAACACAGAAAGAAAGCAUUUUUAUACCAACAGAAACUCCAUUAACCAGUUCGUGUGAAGCAGGAACUUCAAAAACACAGAAAGAAAACUGGGAUACGUUAAUCAUAAAAGAAAAUGCUCAAGAAACAGAAAAGAACUUAGACUUUUUACUUUCAAGACUCGAAAAAGAAAAUAGACGACUCAUAGAUGAUCCCAAACGAGUGUCCUCUCGGUUCUUAACAAAUCAUUCCCAGCAACAUAUACAAGAUCUUAUAAAUUCACGCAUAAAUAAUCCAAAAAUAUCUUCAUUCCCAAUAAACGAAGUUGUCUCUAUUAAUAGUAUUGAAAACCUUGAUUUUUGGAUUUCAUUGAUUUCGGAUUAUAAUACAACAGCCAUUCAAUCACCACAUUUUUUAACAAAAAAAAUACGUGAAGGCAUACCACAUCCUCUUCGUGGUCUUGUUUGGCAGAGCAUGUCUAGUGCGCAGGAUACGCACUUGGAAGGUCUUUUUGAAACUCUACGCAAUGAGAGAAGCCCAUAUGAAAAAGUAAUUGUUCGUGAUCUUGCAAGAACAUUUCCAGGUGUUGAGAUGUUUAAAGAAGAAGGAGGUGAUGGCCAAAAAAAACUUCAAUCAGUUCUUCGUGCUUUUAGUUUAUACGAUGCGGAAGUAGGAUACUGUCAAGGUUUGGGAUUCAUCGUUGGCCCUCUUUUGAUGAACAUGUCCGAAUCCGAAGCUUUUUGUGUUCUUGUUAGACUUAUGGAAUGCUAUGAUAUGAGAACUAUGUUUACUGUUAAUUUAUCAGGGCUUCAUCUACGACUUUUUCAGUUUGAGCAUUUUCUUUCUCUUCGUGUACCAUCUGUUGCUACAUACUUUAGUUCUAUAGGAAUACAUCCUCUUAUGUAUGCUAGUCAAUGGUUUCUUAGCCUAUUUGCUGUUACAUGUCCUCUUUCAACGUUACAUAGAAUCUAUGAUAUAAUUUUCGGUGAAGGAGCUCCUGAAACUAUCAUAAGGGUUGCUAUUGCUUUGAUCAUAAAAAACGAAGAGCGUCUUUUAAGUAUUGAUUUUGAAGGAAAUUUACAAUUACUUCUUAGCCCAGAGUUAUGGGCAGUAUAUGGAAAAAAUAAUGACGAAUUAAUAUCAGAUGCACUUAAGCUUGACAAUAUUGUUACACGAAAUUCUUUAACAAAAUUGGAACAAAAAUUUAACCAAAAUAUAUCUGAAGAACAUAGAACUCUCAUAAAAUCCACUACCAAUGAAGUCCAAUCAACAUCUACAGGGUUUUUCGAAAAAUUACAAAAAAAUUCUAAUUCUUUACCAAUCUUUAUAAAUUCAUCUAAUUCUAAUUCAUUUUAUGAAAAUAAUAAUAUACAAAAAAUACCACAAAACUUAAAUAUUUCUUCAUUUUCGUCUGUAAACUCAAUACCAUUAGAAUCAGAAAAAACAAUAAAUUCAACAUUAUCAUCUAUAUGUUGUUCGGAGAGACAAUCAUUUAAAAAAACAUCUGGAUCUAAUAAUUUAUUUGAAAAAGAUAACAAAGAACUUCAUUAUCAAAUUGAAGACCUUGUUGUGGCUUUAAGCUCUUUACAAAGAGAACAUGCUUCUACUACUGAGGAAUUAGAAACAUUAGGAAGAAUUUCUUUAAAAUAUAAAAGUAUUGCUUUAAAACUAAUCGAAUUUAUCAAUGAGACUAUAAAUAGUCCUAAUAAAAAAAUAUCUAACUCUAAGAAUUCAAACGAACAAAAUUAUCAAGAAACUAACACUAUAGAUAAUUUCAUUUUUUCUGAUAAAAAUUAUGAAAACAAAAAUUAUGAUAAGAACAAAAUUAUUGAACAAUUAACAAAAGAAUUAGAUGAUUCUUCUCUCCCUCCUAAUCCUCUUGCAAAAGAACUUUCUUUUUUACAAGAAAAAUUGUCACAUGAACAAUCAAAAGUAAAAGACUUAGAAAAACAAGUUAAUUUAAAAGAAUUAGAAAUAAUAAACAUAAAGAAUAAAAUUCAUGAUAUUCAUAUACAUUGGGAUGAAAUGUUGGAAGAGAAACAAAGGAUUCAAAAAGCAAUUUCUGAAAACAAGUAUAAACAGUCCGAUUAUGUUAAUAACUUACAUAAAAUUUUUCUAAAUUCAUAUGACAAUACUAGUAAAAAAUUACAAGAAUUGAUGCUUCAGCAAGAUCACCAUAAAAAUGCAUCCCCUAAAAAUAUUAAUAUAUCACCUCAAUCACAAGAAUAUAACUGUUCAAGAAUGCUAUCAUCGACUUUAUCAUUAUCUCCAUCUAUAUCAGACAAUAGUCCAGCAACGCCGAAUACUUGUAUUUCAUGUGAACAAUUGCGCGAAGAACUUGCUAUAUGCAAAAAUAGAAUGGCUGUAUAUACUAAAAUGCUAGAAGAAUCUCGAAAACCAAGACAUCUUAAAAAACCAAUAUUUAAUGGACAAUAUGUAAAACCGCAGGCUAUAGAUUUAAAUUUAGUUUCAUCAACAUUAGACAUGUCAGGCGACGAUGUUUUGAGCUCCAAAAAUGGUAUAUUUUCAGGGAAAUGGGGAAAAUUUAAAUGGGGAUAA